GCUCCGUUGCUGCAUGGACAUCCUCGUAUUUGAAUGCUAGCUCCAACCCGCCGCGUCCAAAAGACAGAACUGUGCUAUUGGCUACCGCCUUAGUCAAAGUCCGCGAUUGUUGUGGUCAUUGGCAAACCGCGCGCUUGCUGUUUGAUUCCGGCUCACAUGCGUCCUUCGUAACUGAGGCAUGUGUACAACGUCUAGGUCUACCACGAAAAGCGUCCGCAGUAUCCAUUACUGGCAUCGCCGAUCCGCAGUUCAUGAAACCCGGGCGUAUCGACAUUCUGGUUGGUAUGGACGUCAUGCAACAGCUCCUUUGCUCAGAAGUCCGUAAGGGUCCACCUGGUACGCCGAUGACUCAGCGCACUGUCUUUGGUUGGACGCUAUUUGGAAGCGUCGACGGAAUAGCACCUGCUGCACCUCGCCUACAGUCGCUGCACUGCGAAGUCCAGUUAGAUAGAUCUCUUACUAGACUGUGGGAGUUAGAAGAAGCUCCGCAAAAGACCCACCUCACAUACGAAGAGCGUCACUGCGAAGAACUCUUCGAAACAACGCACCAAAGAGCACCUGACGGUCGCUUUGUAGUUGAACUGCCGCUGAAGACCGACGUACUUCUGGGCGAUUCGCGAAGUUAUGCUGUCCAAAGCCUACUACGCAUCGAGAGACGCCUUGCUCGGGACGACGACCUGCGGCUACGCUACAAUGAGUUCAUGCAGGAACUUCUCGACAUGAAUCAUAUGGAGCUCGCACCAGAAUCAACGAGUCAAAUGUUUUACAUGCCGCAUCACCCUGUUGUAAAGGAUUCGAGCGUUACCACUAAGCUGAGGGUCGUUUUCAACGCGUCGGCUAAAACUGCCACCGGAAAUUCGCUGAACGACGCAUUAUUUGUCGGUCCUCAACUGCAGCAGGACUUAUUUUAA